AUGUCAUCCGUCAUGGAAAAGUUGGAUAAACUGAAAAAAUGUGGUGACGGUGAAAUUCAGAAAAUGAGCAACAUACCCAAAAACGAAAAGUUCGAAGUGCUGGACAUUCAGAAAAUUGACACUAUGUAUGGCGAGGCCGUAUACGUGGAGCUCCGCAUGGAAAACGACAAGCCAGUGAAAGUGUAUCUACCUGGACGCUUCAAAAAAUUGUCGGAGGAAGAGCUAGAGGAAAUGCGACUGCUUCCAAAUCUCAAAAUGGAGAAGAAAGAACGGUUUACCAAAGAUGGUGGGCUACAAAAUUUGACUACUGACUUGAGUGAAGCCAAGGACUUAUACGACCAACUGGCGAAUAUAUGUCCUCUUAUGCUGGCUUUGAGUGCAAGCAGUCCUGCUUUUAGAGGCUACCUUGUCGACACAGACUGCCGUUUUGACGUCAUAACUCAGUCCGUCGACGACAGAACGGAUGAGGAAAUGGGAUUAAAACCAUUGGGCCCCGACGCGCACCUUAUCAAACGACCUCGCUACGCGAGCGUCCCUUGGUACCUUUCCUCAAAGGGCCAGCACUUCAACGACGUCCCAAUGGCUUGCGACGCAAAAGUAUACCAGGCACUUCGUUCGGCAAACGUAGAGGAACCAUUGGCGAGACACCUGUCGCAUGUCUUCAUCCGUGAUACUCUUUGCCUCUUUAGCGAGAAACUGAAGCAAGACGACAAUAUCGAUUUUGAUCACUUUGAGAACCUGCAGUCGACAAGCUGGCACUCCUUGCGAUUCAAACCCCCGCCACCUAAGAGCAGCAUCGGAUGGCGAGUCGAGUUCAGGCCUACAGAGCUGCAAAUGACAGAAUUCGAGAACGCAGCGUACGUCGUGUUCGUUGUGCUUCUUACGCGGGUAAUUCUCACCUUCGACCUUGACCUCAUCGUGCCCAUCUCGAAGGUGGAUGAGAACAUGAAAAUCGCGCAGAAGCGGGACGCUGUCCUGACAGAGAAAUUCUGGUUCCGUAAGGACAUCCUCACCCACGGCUGCCCGUCCUCCGUGGGAGGAGUACCCGAUGUGAGCGCGCCGGAGAUCGCCCACAUGACAGUAUCGGAGAUCAUUAACGGGAAGGGAGUUGAUUUUCCGGGCCUCGUCCCUUUGAUCCGAACGUUUCUGACCGGUGUCGACCAGGUAGACGUGGAUACUUACUGCACGCUACAUCAAUACCUCACCCUCAUAGAGAAGCGCGCUUCAGGGCAGUACAUGACGGCGGCGCGAUGGAUGCGGCAUUUCAUCAUGACUCAUCCGGAGUAUAAGAAGGACUCCGUGGUCACGGACGGUAUUAACUAUGAUCUUGUCAUGCGCAUGCGCAAGCUGCAGUUUAACUUCUGGUCUUGCCCCGAGCUGAUCGGCACUCCUGCCUCGCGGACGAGCCAUGACGUGCCGGACAGCUGUAGCCCGUAUAAAACACAGUACACCAAAUAA